AUGCCAAAUAACAACUUCCAAAUCCCAGCAUUGGAGUUCAAGAAUUUAGGAUAUUUGCCCCAAGCCUCCUGGAUAUCCCCGGAGCCAAUUUUCUCGAUAUUCCCCUCCUAUUCCCGAUUUCACAUCCUCCCAAAAGAAUCAGAAGAUCCAAUCCAUCAUGUCCCAUCUAUGAUGGAAAACAUCGGUUUGUUGGAAGCGGUGCUCUACGAGUCACAGACAUUGAAAACCUCAAAUUCAAAGAAUUCCAAUUCCAAUUCGAAUGAUGCUGCUUGUUCAUCUGAUGAUGACUGGGAUUGGGAGGCUUAUGGGGACCCCAUGUCACCAUUGGGUCAUUCUGCUGUAUCUGUCUUCACUGAAUAUACUCACUCGAUGAACAUCAUGAUCAAUCCCUCGAGGCAAUUUCAGUGAAGCAGGAAGCGGAAGCAGGAGCAGCAGCAGAUGAAACUGGUGGUAAGCAAUCGGAAAGAGAAGACAAUGACAUGAUGAUGAAGUAUUGUGAUAGGGAAGUUGCUACUGGGACCCACUAGUCUGGAACAAUUUAACAAAUUUGGCACAUGGAAAGUUUACACAAAGCCACGUGGAGUGGAGGGGAAUGAUUGGGGCUGUUGGUGAUUCUGUUAGAGAGAAUAGAUUUAUUAUAUAGGUCAUGUUGAUGAAUGAGGGAGAUCAUCUUUUUGUUUUCUAAGAAUGUACUCGGCUGUAUGAAGCUUGGGCAGGAAGACUCACUCAUCUGAGCUUCUCUGAUUUGAUUUUGG